AUGACUGGAGGCUUCACCCCAGCUCCAUCCUUGGCUCUCCAGUUGCACAAGAUGGGUUCGUUCAGAAGGCCCCGACCUCGGUUCAUGAGCUCCCCUGUCCUCAGCGACCUGCCCCGCUUCCAGGCCGCCCGGCAGGCUCUGCAGCUCAGCUCCAACUCAGCCUGGAACAGUGUUCAAACAGCUGUGAUAAAUGUCUUCAAAGGGGGAGGCUUGCAGAACAAUGAACUCUACACCCUCAAUGAAAACAUCAGACGGCUGCUGAAGAGUGAACUGGGAUCCUUCAUCACAGAUUACUUUCAGAACCAGCUCCUGGCAAAAGGCUUGCUGUUCAUAGAGGAGAAGGUGAAGCUGUGUGAAGGUGAGGAUCGCAUGGAUGUCCUGGCUGAAAUCUGGGAUCACUAUUUUACAGAGACCCUUCCUACACUCCAGGCAAUAUUCUACCCAGUCCAGGGUCAGGAGCUGACUAUCCGUCAGAUGGCUCUUCUUGGCUUCAGGGACUUGGUCUUGCUGAAAGUGAAGUUGGAAGACAUCCUUCCUCUGGUCCAGACAAAGCUCCCAGCUUCCAUUGUCCAGAUGCUCUUGAUUCUGCAGAGUGUCCACGAGCCUACAGGCCCCAGUGAGGGCUACCUCCAGCUGGAAGAGCUAGUCAAGCAGGUGGUAUCACCAUACUUGGGGCUGUGUGAGGACCACAGCUUCCCUGGGAGCUCCUGCUUGCUGGAGAGAAGAUACUCCAGGUCCUGGUGCAAGCCUGGGGUGCUGACCUACCCCUCCCAGGUGGUGGGCAGCCGGCAGCCCAGCGAGCUGGCCCUGAGCCCUCUGGCAGAGCAGGAGGGGGGCAAGUGCGGCAGCAUCCGUCGCCACACGGUGGCCAACGCUCACUCGGACCUUCAGCUCCUGGCCAUGGCCUCCAGGAUGCACACGGGGAUGGUGGUGGAGGAGCAGGACAGCACCGACCAGUGCCUCCUCCUCCAGCCCAGUUUGAACCACAGGCAGUGCUCCAGCGAGCCCAGUAUAGCCGAGGGGCCGGAGGCGGGCACGGCAGCCGGCAGGGAGGAGCCCGCGGAGCUGAGCUGCACCUCGGUCAGCUAG